UAAUUAUGCGUUAGAAUGAUUUGAUUGGCUUAUGGUUAGUUCAUGUUCUACUGAUGAUGAUGUCGCUUGUGUACGACAAAAAUAACACACACAUUCACAUAAACAUCACCGAGUGAUUAUUAUUAUUAAGUUGAAACAUCACUAUCAAACGACACUGUCAUACACUGCCACUUGAUAAUUAAUUAAAUAAAUAAAUAUAAAUAUUAUAAAUUAAUUUGUACUUGAUAGUACAAUGACAUUGUGAAUUCAAUAAUUUUUUUUUUAAAUCAUAAAUCAUGAAUUUAUAUAUCAAAAGUAAAUAAAAACAACAAAUUGUCAAUGUCAACAGUGUGUAGAUAAAUAUUCAUAAAUAAUAAACAAAUUGAAAAAAAAAUUAAUUGGAUUAAUUUAAACAUUGAAAUGAUAAGAAUACAAAUAUGUAAAAUUAUAUUUAUAUUUUUGGAGGCAAUUAUUAUUCAAGUUUCGUCAACAACACACUGGGUUGUCACUGAAAAUGGAAGAAUACAAGCACAGAGGGCAUCGGUUUUUUAUACUGAAAAACCACAUGAUUUACCAGGUUUUUUGGAGCAAGAAAAACGUAUGAAUGAUGUUAAAUUAUUAUAUCAAAAAAUAAUGGCUAGGAAAGUUGGGUUAGACAGUCAAAUGGCUGUAUUAAAUUCAAUUGGUGAUCUUGAAAGUUGGCUUCAAUCAUCAAAUCCAGAAUGUAUAUCAAAUAAAAAGCUACUAGAUGAAUUUGAUUUUUAUGCCAGCGUAGCAACUGAUGGUGGUUAUCGUAAAGGCAUAUCAAAAAAGGAUUAUUUAUUAGAUGGAAUUCCAAAUGAGGGAAAACUUAAAAUACCUGAUUGUAAAAAAACAUUUCCACUUGAAUUUAGUAUACAUACAUUUGAACAUCUCAGUGCAAUGAAAAAUCGAAAAAAUUUAACUCAACAUGAAGAAAAAGAUUUGAUAAAGUAUCUUCCACCAGGAACAGAUUUAAAUAAAUUUGGUCAUCAAAUUUAUUAUGGUUUAAGUCGUAAUAAUACAUCAUGGAUACAUUUAAAUUUAGCAGCAAUAUAUUGGCGUGUACGUGGUAAUGCAUAUGAAGCACUUGAAUGUUCACGUCGUGCAAUUGUAACAUCACCACAUGAAUAUCGUGAUAUACCAUUAUUAACAACUGGUGGUAUACUUCAUGCUUCAAAACAUUCAGCAGAAGCUGCAAUAAUAUUACAUGCUGCUAUUGAACAUGCACCAGAUCAAAGUCAUCAACAUUUAGCACUUGGUCAUGUUUAUGCUAUUUUAGGAUUUUACAGUCAAUCAAUUGCUUGUUAUGAUAAUUCAUUACGUUUAACACCAUCAAUGGAACAAGCUAAACUAGCUAAAUUUGUUAUUCAUUGUUGUCAAAGUUUAGAAGAUUCGCUUACAGCAUUACACAAAAGAUUGGAUGACAUUGUAUCAGAGCUAAAUGCACAACAAAGUGAUUAUGCUGAGAUGCUUAAACUUGAACAAAAAAUAUUAUGUGAAUUGGGUGAUAAGAUGAGCAGAUUGGGACCAGUUAUAAUAAAUCAAGGACAAAUGUGCAUACAACAACAAGAUCAACCGUCAUUAUCAUGUAAAAUUAUAAAUGAUAAUCAAAUAUUUGCACGUAAUCUUGAAUUAGACAUUGGAAUAAGUUUAAAACAAUUAAAAAAUGUUGAAAGUCAAGUUGAAAAAAUUAAUGAUUUAAUGACAAACUCAAAAGUUUUAUAUCCAUUGGAUGAAGAAACAAAUGAUGAAAAAAAAAUAGAAGGUUAUUCAGUUUUUAUGGAACCAAUUAUUCCACAAAAAUAUCAUAAUUAUGAAAUUAAAAAAAGUAAAGAAUUAUUUGAAAAUAAAAAUUGGCCAGAUUCAUCAGAAUGUAAUAAAAAAUCAUUAUUAUUAGAUGAUAGUAAAGAAUAUGUAGAAAUAUAUUUACCACCAGAAAAUAAAGGCUAUGCAACUCGUGUAUUUGUGAAUGAAUUAAUUGGCAUUGAUCCAGACAAAGAACACACACUGCCUUGGUAUCCACCAGUAUGUCAACCACCUGAUACUUACAAUGAAAAAUUUAUUAGCCAAGCAUUGCUCAAGGCAACAUCUACCGGAAAUCAUUUACCAGAAAGAAAUUUAGCAUCACAUCUUAAAUAUUUAGUUAAAAAUGCUGAACUUGCUGAAAUUGGACAGAGAAUAUUAACAGCAACAAAAACAAAAGUUGGACCACCGUGGGUACUUGCAAUGUUGUCAUCUCUGCAUUGGCGAGUUGUUGGAAAGCCAAGAAAUGCAUUAGAUUGUUUAAAAUUAGCAUUAAAUACAGUACCAAAUAGAUUUAAAGAUGUUCCAUUAGUUAGCAUUGGUGCUAUUGGACAUAAAGUUGGUUUAAUUGAUGAUGCUAUUAAGGCUGUAAAAGAAGCAAUAAGAAUUAAUCCUAUUGAGCCAAUGACAAAUUAUUUGUAUGGAGCAUUACUUAAUGCUAAAGGGAAUUUAACAGGUGCAAUUCAUCAUAUAAAACAAACACUGAGAGUUGAGCCAGAUGCUGUUGGUAGUGGUAGAGCAUUGAUGUUGUUGAGAUCAAUUAUUUGCCAAAAAAGAAUAAAUAGUAAACGUGCAGAAAAAAAUAUUGACAAUAUUGAAAGCUGUGGAUUGUCGUAUUCAUCAUCAGAAAUUAUUGCAAAACAUGAACUGCAGGAUGGUGAUACAGUUCUUUGUCUUGGUGAUGGUUCAGACUGCAAACCUCUUCAAUGCUUUUCAAUGAAAAUGAAUUCUGACGAUACAUCAGAUUGAUAUAUUAAUUUUAAUAGUAAAAAAUAAAAUUUUAUACAUCGUUGAAGUUUUAAAAAAUCAAUUUAAUUGAUUUAAAUAAAUUAUAGAAAUCAAUUUACAUAUCGAAUGACUUUGUCAUACAUUUUUUUAAUUGUCAUAUUUUUUAUUAUUCAUGUAUACAUUAUUAUAAAUAAAGCAAUCUUAAAUUUUAA